AGACGAGCACACUUUAGAGCAAACUUCCAUAGUAAACCAUGAAAGCCUUCUUUGCCCUGUUUGCCAUUUUGGCCACAAUUGUUGUUGUUGUGAAUGCCGAUGCUGGUCGCUCAGCCUGUCAGGAUGAGUCCGAGAUUGGACAGACGUAUACCCAUCACUUCGAUCCGGCCAAAUAUUGGCUGUGCGAAACCUUGAAUGUUGCUGCCACCGAAAUUGAUUGCCCCAAGGGAUUUGCCUACAUGCAUUUACUGAAGGAAUGCAUUCCCUGGGCCAGUUACGUCUGGAAGAAGCCCGAGUACCCACCAACUGUUGCCUAAAUCAUCAAUCAACCAAUAAAGAAAAUUAUUAAACAACUGCAA